CUCAGUAAUUACGCGAGAGGAACGGAGACAUUUUGGCGAGUCCCCUCAGGACGUUCUCCUAUUACCCGGAAGAGGCUGAAUGCGCAGAUCUCGAGACUACACCAUUUUCGACGAAUGCUCUGCGCCAACAAGCGGUUCAAAUCAACUUAUUGCUCAAGGACACGGCUAUGCAAUGGAAUGCAAUGCUCGAGCCAACCCCAGUGGGUACUGGCGCUUCGGCUAUACGUAUGGAACGGCAAGCGAAGAAUGGUAGUACUUAUGUCAAGUGUCCUCCGUGAUACCAAAGACUGAGUCGUGCCACUCCUGACCGACCGGAAAAAGACGUGGUUCAUAGCAGAACGAAAGACCAACAUGGUCGGUAUAUCAGUUGUGAAGCCAAUGCAUCGUGUGGAGAGAGAGGUCGCAGUCGCCGAAGCACCUGACUUGCAUAGGGUGAUAUGGUAUAAAGAUCCAGGGCUUCGGAAGCUCUAUGGCAUGGCAAUCGCCUUGUUCUUUGCAUCCGCGACAACAGGAUAUGACGGAUCCAUGUUGAAUGGCCUGCAGAUCCUUGAUGUCUGGCAGGAUUACUUCCAUCAUCCCACAGGAUCCAUCCUGGGUCUUUUUGGAUCUAUUUACAGCAUUGGAAGUCUCGCCGGAUUGCCUUUCGCGCCAUAUUUGUCAGAUACCUUUGGUCGUCGAAUUGCCAUCAUGGUAGGAUGCCUGUUCCUCUUCGCCGGAGUCGCCAUUCAGAGUGCGUCGCAAAACUUCUCCAUGUUCAUUGCUGGCCGGUUUCUUGUCGGCUUCGGAAACAGCAUGUGCUCAAACUCUGCACCACUCCUCCUCACCGAGUUGGCCCAUCCUCAGCACAGAGGAAGGGUGACAACGGUUUACAAUCAGCUCUGGGACAUUGGUAGCAUUGCUGCAACUUGGAUAACCUUCGGGACUUUCACAAUCAAGAACAAUUGGUCGUGGAGAAUACCAUCCAUAUUCCAAGCUUUUCCGACCCUCAUUCUAUUCUGCACGAUAUGGACGAUACCUGAAAGCCCAAGGUGGUUGAUCUCCAAGGACAGGCACUCGGAAGCAUUGGCGACACUCGCAAAGUAUCAUGCCAAUGGCGACGAAACAGACCUGACGGUGCAAUUCGAGUUUCGCGAGAUCAGGGAGACGUUGCACCUUGAAUUCCAGUCGAAGCGGUCAAGCAGCUAUCUGGACUUCCUCAAGACCAAGGGAAACCGGUAUCGCCUGUUGCUGGUUGUUGCUCUUGGCCUUUUCUCUCAAUGGAGUGGUAACGGCUUGACUUCAUACUAUUUCUCCCUUGUUAUGAAGAGUAUCGGAGUGACCAACAACAACGAACAAUUCGAGAUCAAUGGUUGCAAGACAAUUGUCUCGCUAGUGGUCGGUUUGAUCGCCGCAGCGGUCGUCGACAAGGUUGGAAGAAGACCGUUAUUCCUCAGUGCAACCUGUGGAAUGUUUGUUUCCUUCGUACUCUGGACGGCUUGCUCGGCAUUGUAUGACCUCGACGGCAACCUCGCAGCAGGAAAGACGGUCAUCUUUUUCAUCUUCCUUCACGGAGCCUUUUACAACAUUGCUUGGUCUGGCCUCCUAGUCGGAUACACUGUCGAAAUCAUGCCGUACAAGCUUCGUGCCAAAGGCCUGAUGUUGAUGAACUUCUUCGUGCAAGCGGCUCUUGUAUUCAAUCAAUACAUCAAUCCCAUCGGACUCGAUCAUUUACAGCCUCGAUGGAGGUUCUACGCGAUAUAUUGCGGAUGGCUGAUGUUUGAACUCCUCUUUGUCGCACUCCUUUUUGUCGAAACGCGUGGUGUAACUCUCGAGGAAGUGGCCAAGAUCUUUGAUGGCGAGGACGCGGAAGUGGCUCACGUCGAUCUUGAUGUCGUCCAGGAGAAGGUGCAGACUUUGGCGGUCACUGAAGUCGAAGAUGUCAGACCUGAACACAAGGUUUAG